UGAAACCUAGGAGACUGAGUUUACUUAAACGCAGCAUAUGUAGCUGGGUCGCAGUACGGAACAGGGAUGCAGCGAGACAAAACAAGCAACGCCGGCGUGGCUGAAAAGCCCGACCGGGAGGCCGCCAUAAUGUCGAAAUACUACGAUGGAGUUGAAUUUCCUUUUUGUGACGAGUUCUCCAAAUAUGAAAAAAUGGCAAAAAUAGGACAAGGAACCUUUGGGGAGGUGUUCAAAGCAAAGCACAGACAAACUGGGAAGAAGGUUGCACUGAAGAAAGUUUUGAUGGAAAAUGAGAAAGAAGGGUUCCCAAUCACAGCUCUGAGAGAGAUUAAGAUCCUGCAGCUGCUCAAACAUGAGAAUGUGGUCAAUCUGAUUGAGAUCUGCAGAACCAAAGCUACUCAGUUCAAUAGAUACAAAGGCAGCAUCUACCUGGUGUUUGACUUCUGUGAACAUGACCUGGCCGGGCUGUUGAGCAAUGCCAAUGUAAAGUUCACCCUGGCAGAGAUCAAGAAAGUCAUGCAGAUGCUGCUCAAUGGAUUGUACUACAUCCACAGAAACAAGAUCCUUCACAGAGAUAUGAAGGCAGCCAACGUGCUAAUCACCAGAGACGGUGUGCUGAAGCUGGCUGACUUUGGUUUGGCUAGAGCCUUCAGCCUAGCUAAAAACAGCCAGGGGAACCGUUACACCAACAGAGUGGUAACUCUCUGGUACAGACCUCCAGAGCUGCUGCUAGGUGAGCGAGACUAUGGCCCCCCUAUUGACCUGUGGGGAGCAGGCUGCAUCAUGGCAGAGAUGUGGACCAGAAGUCCCAUAAUGCAAGGAAACACUGAGCAGCAUCAGCUCACACUCAUCAGCCAGCUCUGUGGCUCAAUCACUGCUGAGGUGUGGCCUGGUGUGGAUAAGAAGUACGAGCUUUACCAGAAAAUGGAGCUGCCUAAAGGCCAAAAGCGGAAAGUAAAGGAUCGCCUCAAAGCCUAUGUCAAAGACCCGUAUGCUCUGGACCUGAUAGAUAAACUGUUGGUACUGGACCCGGCACAGCGCAUAGACAGUGACGACGCGCUCAACCACGACUUCUUUUGGUCCGACCCCAUGCCGUCGGACCUGAAGAACAUGCUCUCCACCCACAACACCUCCAUGUUUGAAUAUCUGGCCCCACCCAGACGGAGAGGCCACAUGCCGCAGCAGCAGCCCAAUCAGAACAGAAACCCAGCCACCACCAGUCAGACUGAGUUUGAUCGAGUCUUUUAGUGCUUGAAGAAGUUCAUGGAAAGUAGUUUGCCUGGUUGGACUUUUUAUUUAGUCACAAAUGACACCUUUACAACCGGCCUAAUGUUGGGGAAAGCUACACAUUCCUUUUUUGGUUUUAAGUUUGGCCGACAUUACCUGGAGAUCUCUACAGUUUUUGUAUGAUCACUGCUCUGUCAGCUGAUGGCAGAGGAUGCAGGUUGUUUGGGUCUGCAGGACUGUAAUAUUCAAAGUUAUGCAGAGCCCUUUGCCAGCCAUGUUAUUAUAUUCCAACUUUAUGCUUAUUUUCCAGGUUAUAAUGAAGACUGAUGUUCAACUCUGUAGGCUCGGCUUGGGUGUGUUGGCUUGGUCGCCUUAAUUAAACAAGGCCUCUGUUAGUUUUUUACAUUUUCAUAUGAUUAUCAUUGUAAGAAAAAUGGCUGUCUCUUUUAAAGGCUUUGCAGUAUUUUGAGGAUUUUAUUUAUAUUAAGACAGUGAGAAACUUCUAUUCAAACCAUUACAAAGAUACCACCCACUUCUCAACACAUGAUCAAUAGUGACAUACUCAAAAUAAAAUUAUUAUUACUCAAACACAAACAAUGUACCCUUAUGUUAGCUGGUGUGCCUGUAUAUUUGUUUCAAAGAAACAUGAAGUGUAACAGCAGCCUGGGCUUUGUCUCAGUUGAGAAACUUAAGGUAGAAGCAACACGACUCACCAAAGGUUGUUUUAGAGUUGGUGCUGUUAGGAAAAGGUAGAAUUCUGAGAUGUAGAAUGUUUAUCAUUUAAGAAGCUAAAACAUUUUCUCCACCCUGACUAGCUACAACAUUAAAAUGUUGCAAAUACUGUAA